GUACGUAUCAAAGAAAUGUUGGUAAUACCGCGUUUAUCCGACGAAUUAAGGGAUGCUUCUCGCUUCGUAGCGGCCAGCCAUUCGAGAAACUUUGAUCAUUUAAAUGCAGAUCAACCUGUACAUCUUUGUUUGCACAGUCACAAUUCAAGCCCUGUCAUGGAAAGUACGAACAUAUCCAUUCAUUCACAGCGAGGCGAGGCGCACGAAGGCUUUACGAAGUUAACUCUCGGGAAGCGAGAGAAGAGGAGGCGACAUCCUUAUGCUCCGACGAGGAAGAAGACAGAGCUUUGUGAUCCCGCGUGUAAUUCGGCUCGCUCGAGUUGAGGAGGAACGGGGCAAUUCGAAGGGCGACGUGCAUGAUCGUCCGCGAGAUGGAUCGCGGGGAAACGUACGGAAGCCGAGGUUGCGGGAUACAAGUGGACGAC